CAGGCGAGGCCCAGAGAUGAGGGCUUGACUCCGUACCAGGGCAAGAAAAGAUGCUUCGGGGAGUUUAAGUGCCCAAAGUGCAAAAGAAAGUGGGUGUCUGGCAACAGUUGGGCAAACAUCGGGCAGGAUUGCAUCAAGUGCAAGAUUAAUGUCUACCCCCAUAAACAACGCCCCUUAGAAAAAUGCAGCUACAAGUCCUCUCACCAACUUCAUCAACAGAAUCUCUGUGAGAAGUGCCGCAAUCUUGGUUACUCAUGUCGCAGGUGCUCGUGUUGA